AUGACAACAACUGAACACAUUCGAAAUCCUUUGACUAAUCAUACAAUGCCUUCACAGUCAAAUGAUAUGCUCGGCUACGAAGUAUAUAAUGAUAGCUCCUCCCAUGUUACGUGUUCCGAGGGGGAGCCUUUAUUUCAUGAAGAGACGGGAAAGUACGAUCUGGACACCGUUUCUGUGUUUGUCGCAAAAUUAUACCAACUUCUUGAUUGCGAUGACUAUAAAGAGUACCUUACGUGGAACGAUACUGGAGAUGUGUUUGUGAUUUGUAAUAUGGAUGAAUUUGCUCAAAAUGUUUUGCCAAAAUAUUUUAAACAUUGCAAAUUCACAUCGUUCGUCCGACAACUUAACAUUUAUGGAUUUUAUCGAGUUUCGGAUGCUCGCAAAUCAAAACAUGUACGGAGCAAGAAUGCAUGUGUAUUUUCUCAUUCCCAAUUCAGACGUGGUCGACAAGAUCUAUUGCCAAAUAUACGUCGCAAAGUAUCAAAAACGCUCAGACGAAAAGCGCGUAACGCUGACUCUUCGUUAUCGCAAAGUCAUAUUGGUGAUGGAACAACGUCUAUGCAAACUAUUUAUGGUUCCAGCUCAAUGAAUAAGGGCGGUAAUAUAAACAAGGAUUUAAACGGAAAUAAUUCAUUAAAUAUCUAUUCAGAACAGAAGGAUUUUUUGCUUGUCUCUGAAAAGUCUGAUAGCGAUGCUGUUAUGCGUAAAAGAAUAUCUGAUUUAACAGCAACAACGGAAAAUUUACGAAAGGAUUUAAAGCAGAUGAAUAGCAUCGUAAAUGAUCGUUUGCUUCCGGAAGUUAGGAGUUUGACCGAAGGUUUACAAAAACAUCACACGCAUUUGAUAGCAUUGACACAAUUGGUUACUUGCGCUCUUCCAGAUGGUGUUCAAUUGUUACAUGAUGUAACAAGAGGAUACACAAGACAUAUGCCAUAUGAAAUACCGUCAAAGCGUAUGCGUUAUGAUGACAAGCCUACCGUCAAAACAGAACAGACACCCGUUCCAACGGUUCCUUCUUCAAGGGUUCCAUCAGCUUAUAAUUUAUUCACAUCAAAUUCUGCUAAUCCUAAUAACAAUAAUUUAAUGAAUGGCAAUAAUUCUUCACCGACCCUCCAAACAUCAUCGGUCACUCCAUCAACUCUUACAAUACCGUCUGAUUCGCAAUCCACGUUUAAUAACAUAACAGGAACAUCUAUAAUGGGAGAAUUUCAACAAAGUCCUCAUAAUACACAACAAAAUCUUGCAGGGUAUAACGAAUCGUGGAAUAAUGCCACGUCCGUGAUGAUAUCAGAUCCCGUCAACACCGUUCAAAGUUCCAAUAUUUCUUAUAACAUAUUCCCAACAUCGACCACCUCACAAUCUCCAAUAUUAUACUCACCUUCCUCGAAUCAACAACAUUCCCCACCACUUUCACAUCACUCACAAGUACCCUCUCGAUCCUCUUCGAUAGUAACAUUGAGUCCCGAAUAUGUUGAUAACUCAGCAAAUUCGAAUGAUAUACUCAACAAUGCUCCUUCUGUAACAAGUCCAACCCAAAUGAACGCGAGUGGUGCGAAUAGUCCGGUUAACCGAGGAGAUGUUGUUGCACAUUCCCCGACCUCAAGUUCUUCAUCUCCAAUAUCCACGACCACUUCAAAUAAUUUAAAUUAUUACACUAAUCCCAUCAUGCACAUGGAUAU